AUUGUGAAUCAGCUAGUUCACCGAUUGCUGUGGGGGAAAGUGGAAAGCGUACGUUACAUUCUCUGACAUCGGUUCCGAAUUCUCAAAAUCGGAUAAUUUCAGUGCUUGUCAAAUGGAGAAUGGCUCAAUAGGCAUCGAAACGCUUAAAAUUGAUAAUAAAACAUGUCCUGAAAAUCGGGUUCAUCCUUUAUAAACUCUUUAAACUCUUUUUAGUGUUUUUUCGGAUUGUGAUUGUGUAUAUAUAAUGGAAACGGUUUCGCUUUUAUAAAAAGUUUUACGAUGUCAAACAAAUUUUCGGAUUGCGUUGUUGUUUUCGCUCUGUUUUUAUUUAUAUUUCAUUAUGUGUCACUCAGUCCUUCUCCAGCUAAACGCAGCGAUGUUAAAAAAGACCAAUGUAAUAAGACAGUUGAAAUUUACGAAGACGUUUCCAGUCCGGAGGUGACGGAGAGUAAUUUCGGUAAACCGAUGACGUGCUGGUACCGAUUUAGAUCGUUCCGUGGUACGCCCAAGGACUGGAUACUAAGGAUAAAGUUUAACAAGUUCAAAAUAGGAAAUUUGCUCAACGCCACGCAUUGCGAAGGAGGAUAUUUACAGAUCGUGGAUGGUAACGCCAAAACAGACGUCUCCAAUCGAAAAGAACCUGGAAUCUUUUGCGGAGAAAGCGAGCAGCCGCAGACUUUCAUGUCCGAAACGUCGUUCGUAAAAGUAUUUUUUCACGUCGAAAAUUACACCGACCAAACGUACCUCAGCUUUGAUACGAGGGCGGAACAACAACUUGUCGUUUAUUUGAGAUAUGGACAACAUCCGGAGCUGUAUCCGAAUAGAAGAGGAGAAGUUGUACAGGGGUCAUAUUGCGAAAGGAUAUUCAGAGAUUGUCGCCUUCAAACUUGUUACGUUCAAUCUCCAGCUUAUCCCGGUAUCUACCCUAGGAAUUUGCAUUGCAGAUACUACCUAAACACCCGACUGCCUUUUAUCAAGCUCUACAUCGAAAACGAAGAGUUCAACAUUGAUGGACAGCGAUGCGAGAAUAUUAUGACUUGCCCCAUGCGACCGAUUUCAUCAGGCGAAGAAAAUUGUCCGUACGAUUAUAUAAAAAUCUACGACGGAAAGAAUGAGUUCAGUCCCGUUAUUGGUACAUUUUGCGGAAUGGGCAAAUUCCCUUACUCCAUUAUCGGCACAUCUCAGGACCUUUUUGUGGAAUUUGUGUCGUCUCCUGCAGGACCGCUACUAAACACUGGAUUCCAUUUCAACGUAGGCAAUUGGCCUGGACACGUUGAUACUGCUGGUAGUAGAAACGGCACGUGCGAUUGGUUACUUUCCUCGGAAAGUCUCAGAGCUUCGGGAGAUUCAGAAGGUAUAUUUCUAUCAGUGGCUCACUGGUAUCCGCCCCAUACCAGCUGUACAUAUCUAAUACAAGGCGAAGAAGACGAAAUCGUAAGGCUGUACUUUCCUAGUUUCAGAAUAAACCGUAUAGAGUCUCCUAUAAGACCCAUAGAGGGAGAUUGCGGAGAAUCGCUUACAUUAUACGACUCUUCUUGGCCUGAUGAUGCUAAAAUUAUCAAAACGUUCUGUGAUACUUUUUCGAAAGCAAUGGAAAAACAUGAUUUCGUGUCGUCUGGUAAUUCGCUUUUUGUCAGAUUCGAAAGUAAAACCGGAAGUUAUAGUGGGUCAUCAUUAUAUUAUUGGGCUCAUUACGAUUUUUUCAACAAUACAAAACUAGGAGAAGCGAUACCUGGUAAACAAUGCGAUGAAAUAUUCUCCUCGUGGAAACAAGUCAAAGGUUGGUUGAGAUCUCCUCUCAAUACCUUGGUAUACAAAACUUCCCAAACCAGUGACGACGUUAGUUGUUUAUAUAGAUUCGUAACGGACAAAAGGCUUUUUGCUAGGAUAAUUUUAACUAUCAACAAUGUAUUUUUCAAAGAAUCCCCUUACAACCACGGUCCUUGUACAAACUGUUUGGAAGAUCGUGUGGAUAAACUGGUGAUAUGGGAACCUCUUCCUUCGGGAGCUAAUUCAUCUUAUCCUCCGAUUUCAUUGAAUAAGGCGGCUCAAAACGGCGAUGUGACUUGUAUAUGUAAUCGACAAGCAUUCUCUACACAGAUAAUAUCGAAGGGAGAGCAGCUCAAUUUACAGAUGAUCAUCGAUAGCAGUCACAGUUCCCUUAGUUAUUUUAAACAUCCCGAAUCACUUUUCGAAGCUACUUACGAAUUCGUUCACGGACCUCUAUGUGGACCGGCUAUCAUUCAACCUAUAACAGACGGAGAGAUACAUUAUCCUUAUUAUGAAGCUAUUGGAUACGUCGAACCACCUAAAUCCAUAAGAUGCAUUUGGGAGAUCAAGGUUAAUAGAGACAGAGAUUUUUGGCUACAUUUUGAUCAAAUUAAGUUUUCUUCGAAAUCUUGCGAUGACGGUAUAGUGGAUAUCUUCCUCAAAGGUCGUUUGGAUCCGUAUCUAUCUGUUUGUGGUGAAAACGUCUCUCUAGCGAAAGAACUCCCGAUUUUAAGCUCGGCGGAAUUGAGCCCAGACGGAACUGAUCCUAGUAUUACUAUACAGUUUAUAGGAAGGACGUCUCCAACGAGGGCGGCAUUCAAAAUUGCGUGGACGGAGAUGUUUCAUUUACCUCGAAACGUUGACGGGUCGUCUUUAAUGUCUAGCCGCUUGACAGAAGGCGGUAAUCCAGAAGAUCCCUUGGGAGACGGUUGCGAAUUCGCUUGUCCCGGUGAACAAGGACUUUGUAUACCGGCCAGACUGGUAUGCAACGGAGUCGUCAAUUGUCCAAACGUAACAGAUUAUAAAGGUACAGCUUAUAGUGAUGAAGCGGCCGAAUUGUGCAUCAAAGAAAACACCCCUGAAAUUAAUUGGAUAUACGUAGGGGUCGCUACAGUAUCAGUGUUAAUUUUGUUAUGUUGUUUCUGUUUCUGCGCGUGCAGACGAUGUUGUAGAUACUGUUGCAGAGACGACGAUUGAGAGUGGAAGCUUUUUUUAGCACAGUUUCAUGAUUUUUUUCAUUAAUAUCAAUUUUUUUCUUGUAAAUAUGUAGGAAGAAGUAAUAAUGGACAGUUAUCGAUUUUUAAUUACCAUUUUUUAUAUAUACAUAUAAACUCAUAUCUUGUGGGACUGUGCGAAAAAACUGAAGAUGCCAUCGAAAUCAACCUUGUUCAAUUCCAAGAGCCUUAAUGAAUAAAAUCAACCGUUUUUAUUAUUCUUAGAUUGAUUAGAGGUUAUUUUUGAAAAUCUGAAUAGAAUAGAAAAUAUUUGCAAAUUAGCAAAUUUUUGACAUUUUCUAUAUUUAGAUUUUCAAAAUGAGUCGUGUAAAAAUACUAAAAAUAAAGAGUGCACUUCAAUUAUGAAAGAACGUUGUAAAUUCGAUUAUAAUGUACGAAUACAUGUUGCUCAAAAAAAUUUAUUUCACUAUAAAUAUAGAUAAUUUGUUAGAUACAUUCCCCAGCGUGUUAUUGCCGAAACUUUUGGGCAACAUCGUACAAAUAUUAUUUGUUUAUAUAUACAUACAAAAAAGAAGAAUUAAACCUGCACAGUUUAUACCUAUAGUUGAAGCAACAUGACCAUAUAAUAGAAAAGUUACUUUUUAAGUUUGUAUUGAGGACCACACUAUCAUAAAAAAGAAGAAAUACAACAUGGCUGCUUGUCGGUUAUAUCUGUCAAACUAUCGAAUGAGCAAUCGAACGAAUUUUCAACAUCAGCUGAUGUCCAUAUCAAAAUGGCCAUCGUGUGGUAAACAAAUGCUCUUGCCGUAAGUUUCUGUGUAGUUUAUAAAGUUAUUUGUUGGAUUCCUUUAUAAAUUCUAGUGUCAUUGAGAAAUAGCUUCUUAUGCAGUGUUGUGCUUAGUGUAGAUAAGCAGUAAAUACAGUCUAAAAAGCAAUUAUAUUGGAAACUAGCGGAAAAUGAGGAGAAUUCUGUUUAAAAAGUUCUUUUCAUCUAAUGGAAAGGAAUUAACUCCACUAAAAGCUUUAAGUUUGUUCUUGAAUGCAACAGUAGAAAGUUAUGUUCAAUAAAUUCCCGUCACUUGAGGAUAAAAUAAAUACAAUCGUAAAUUUUUUAAGUUUCUUGGAAGCCUACUUGCAGACUGACUAGAAAAAUUGCAACAAUACUCAGUUUCAGCUGAAUUAAUUUCACUGAAACAGAUUUAAAAAAUACCCUUCACACCAUAAAACAAAAAAUCAAUAUAAAAUAACUCCCGCUACCGUAAAAUAACAAAAGCUAACACAAGUGUACGAAAGAAGCGAUUGUUUACCCUACGACAGCCAUUUUAACGAGAUCAAUUGUUUUCUCAGAUUACCUAAUUGAUUCAACUAAAGCAGAGCUGACCAAAUAUCAACAGAGGUGGAGGCCAAUAUAUAUUUUAAUUAGACAGCUGACAGAUGCCUAGUUCGUCAUACUAGAAAAUAAAGUUAUAUUAAGUGCUAUUUUGACCGAAAAAAUGAUAAAAUUAACAUCAAAAUAAUAUUGUACGACUAUACGGGAUUAUAUAUUCCCUUGACUGAUUUGUAAUGACUUAUUUGCUUUCGAUUUUUCUACUAUAAUUGAAAAUGAUAAUAAUUGUUUUAGAAGAAUCAAAACACUUUCCAAGAAUAAGAUUUCUGCUAAAUUGAAUUUUCAUUUUCUAAAGUCAAAAAUCCCUAUUGGUUGAUGUCGGUCCUUAUGAAUGUUCAAUCACUUUUCUUUUUCCCUUUAAGGAUAACAUUAAGGUUGACUGUAUUUUUUUAUAAUUUUUUCUAACCUAACCUCAAAAUCAGUUUCACGAUUACUGUCUAGCUGAAGCUUCGCAUUAUUAGUUUAAAUCUUUGAGGAACUGAAUAUCUUUUGUAAAUGAAUGUAAUUAACUGAUAUUUUUUUCAAUAUAAACUUUUAAAGUAACUUAAAAAUUACGUAAAUACGUGAUAGUGCGUUUUUAUUUUAAUAAUGUACAUAUUUCCACAUCAUGUGAUAUAAAUGACAUUGUUUUAAUAA